AUGAACUUGGAAGCUUUAUGGGCGAAGGUUAUCAAGGCAAUACAUGAAAAUAAAAGACGAAAGAAACACAUACCAAUCGACAAUAGAACCACAGGAAUUUGGAAAGAUAUUGUUGCUGCAUAUAAAGAACUCGAUCGUGAAGGUAUAAAGUUGGAAGAAAAAUUGGCUGUAAAAUUGGGAAAUGGAACAAAGGCGAAGUUUUGGCUGGAUAAUUGGGCCGGAGGGAUGCCGUUUGCGGAUAAAUAUCCAGACUUAUUCAAGAUUGUGAAGAACAAAAAUGCCAGUGUGGCGGAACUUGCUAUCAGACUUGACAAUGAAACUCAAUGGAACAUCGAAUGGUCUCGGCCUCCAAACAACGAUGGCGAAUGGGCUCAAUGGACAGACAAGUGGGAAGAAUUCUCAGUAGCGAUUAUAAAGGACCAAUUCAUAAAGCGUACGGUAAGUGAACAAGAGGAACGAUGGCAACAUUGGAACACAUGGGUACCAGCUAAGGUCAAUUACUUCACUUGGAGGACGGCCAUAGGAAGAGUUCCGGUAAAGAGCGAGCUGAGGAAAAGAGGUAUUAUGCUAAACAAUGAUAUAUGCUCGGGAUGUGGAUCAGCGGAUGAAUCGGUUAACCAUUUGAUCAGCGAGUGCACGAGUUUGAAGACAGUAUGGUGGAAUAUCUUGGCGUGGAUGAAGUUACCUACGUCAGCAGAUGUUAAUUCAACCGAAAAGAUCAUUUCACAAGGGUGGAAGAAAACUGUGAAGCUGGUGUUUCAAGCAAUUAUAUGGAACUUGUGGAAAGCAAGAAAUGAGAGGGAGUUCAAAGGAAUCGCACGAUCUGGUAACAAUAUUGUUGAAGAUAUUAAAGCAGAUACGUUCUUAUGGCUAAAGUGCAAGUCAAAGUUCAAGGACAUAGUGUGGGAGAGGUGGAUGGAUUUUAAUAUAAGAGACAUAGUAACAUAA